AUGUUUGAAUACAGUGAAUAUUCUCAAAAUAAAAAGCUCACUUUUGCCAACAAAAUCGACAGCUACAGCAGAUGAAUUCCAAGUCCUGUAUCAGAAGACUCAGAUCCAGAGCUAGUAAGGUGUAUUUCUCGCUUAAGCGAUCCGGAGUAUGCCGAAGAAGCGGCAGGUGAAAAAAUUGUAUCGCUUAUGCUGAGCCUUGAAAGAUCUAGUAUGAUUUGUGAAGAUUUUCGAUCAAAUGAAUUCAGGAAAGCCGAAGAGCUGAAAAAUCUUUUAUUUAAAAAAGGGAACCAGCCUCAAUUUGAAUUUAAACAGAAAUUGAAUACGAAUACUGACUGUUCUAACAUUAAAAUCAAUUGCAGCAUAGCAGACUUAUACAAACUGUUAGAAGACAUCGAAAAAUUCAUAGACUUAGUUGAGUCGUCAACAUCUUCAAGCAAUAUAAUAAGCAUAGGCUCCAAGUCCUUAUAUAUUUAUGUUGAAAAUAAAGGGAUAAUAUUCCCUGAAAAGCAAACUUUGACAAAAUUAGCAAACAAUUUAAUAAAUAAAGAAAAAGAAAACAAGCCUUUCAAUGCGUCUCAAGCCCGAUCUUAUAUUCGGCAGCUUGAAAAUGAAGUUGAAGAGUUAAGAAUGCAGAUAAUUAUACCGAAAGAAAUGGUUGAUUUUGGAAAAGCUUUGCAAAAUAGUAUUAUUUUUUCCCAUAAUAAUAUUGACGAACUACUUGAAAGCAAAAAUCCAGAAUGUGACAGAAAACUCGAAAAAUUAAUGAUACCAAAACCUAAUAUGUGCAGCUAUUCAAACCUAGAAAAUGAAACUAAAAAGCUUAUAAAAAGUCGUAAGACCACCCAUAAAUUAAAUGAAGAAGCCAAAUGAAUGGCCAGUGAAGCAGAUAUUAUUAAGAAAGAAUACCAAGCCAAAAUAGACCAACUCAAGAAGCAGCAAGAACAAAUAAAUUCACAAUCAACCAUAUUAAAAGCAAAAACAAGAGAUCUAGAUAAAGAAAGAGCUUCUUUUGAGAGCCAAAAGACUAAGCUUUUAAAAGAAAAAGAAGAGCUAAUAACCCAAUACAGAGACCUGGAGGAUCAAAAAAAAUCUUUGGAAAGAGAAAAAGAAGAAUUGAACAAUAAAAAGCAAAAUUUUAAUAGCAACCUCUCAAUUUCAAUUGAUGCAAACGUAUUAAUGCCAAACGGCAGAAGGUUCCCUGGAGUUAUCCGAGAGCAUAGCCGCACUCCUUCUGGGGCUCUCUGCCGCGAGCACAGUCGGACUCCUUCAGGAAUUCUCCGUCAGCAUACCCGUACACCUUCUAACCUCUCCAAUGCUUCAGAAUCUAACUAUAGAGCACCUACCCCAAGCACAAGGUCUUAUGCAAAUUCUUCAGUCAUGCUCUUUGAAAAUCCAAUAGAGGACGAAAUGGAAGAACUUAAAGCAGAAAUAGCAGAACUUGAAGAAAGGAUGAAAAAUCCACGUGAAAACACUGACGCGCUCCAUACAAGGCUAAAUCAUUCUCAAACUCAGCUAGCGAACUUAAGAUCAAAAAAAGCUAUUAAUUGUUCGCAGUCAAAUAUUUCUUUUAAACACCGUAUGCUUGCAUUUGGCCAGCAUGCACAAGGCAUUACCAAGAAGCGGGGGAAGUCAAGGACAAAAUCUUUCAAUAUGACUCUUGAUGGUCCUCUUGGAGAAAACAGCUUCGAAAAUCCGAAUUUUUGUGAAACACCUCAUACAUCGAGAAAAGCUACUUUUGACUGUCAAAAUGAGUCGUUUAGUACCAACGAAACUAUAAGGCGGGAUUCGAUAAUGAGGGAUUCUAGAAGCACGAAUAAUUUAAAGAUACAUUCCAAACCGGGCAUCACAACAAGCUACCAAGAAAGAAAAUUCGAUAAUAAGCCUGCUUGCUAUGAUUUAUUUGCUUAAUUUAUAUUUUUACUAUUAAAUUAAUAAUUAUAGAAAAAAAGAAUAUAUAUUAUUAG